AUGAUCUCCGCCGAGACUACGAUAGUGUUCACUAAGGCUUGCGAGAUGUUCAUCGUUGAUGUAAUUAUGCACUCAUGGCUCCAUACCGACUUGAAGAAAUGUCAUACACUUCAGAAAUCGGAUAUCUCAGCCACAGUGGCUCACACUUUCUGCUUUGACAUUUCUCUCGACGUCGUCCCCAGAGUUGAAUCUCUCAAUGCUGAUCCGGCUAACAUUUUCUUGCCUCAUCCCGAAGAUGCCAUGCAGUAUUUUUAUCUACCGGUUAUGGAUGGAAGUGGAAUGUACUCGCCCCAGUUGUGGCCGAGUCCUUGGCCAGCUGUUAAUUUGUGGUGA